AUGAGCUCCACACCUCCCACCGGCGUGCCCACCAUGGCCGAUGGGCCACCCAGGCUCGAGAAGAAGCCGGUGAAGUUCAGCAACUUGUUGCUCGGUGCUGGUCUCAACUUGUUCGAAGUAACGACUCUGGGACAGCCCUUGGAGGUUGUCAAGACCACCAUGGCUGCCAAUAGGUCUGAGGGCAUGUCGGGUGCCAUCGCCCGCGUCUGGGGCCGCGGUGGAGUUUAUGGCUUCUACCAGGGUCUCAUUCCGUGGGCCUGGAUCGAAGCCUCCACCAAGGGUGCCGUUCUCCUGUUCGUCGCGUCUGAGGCCGAGUACUACGCCAAGUCGUUCGGCGCGCCCGACUUCCUGGCUGGUAUCUCUGGUGGUAUGACCGGUGGUCUUGCGCAGGCCUACGCUACCAUGGGUUUCUGUACCUGCAUGAAGACGGUCGAGAUCACAAAGCACAAGGUCGCAGCUGCCGGCGGCAAGCCCCCGACGACCAUGGAGACAUUCAUGCAAAUCUGGCGCACCGAGGGUAUCCGUGGUAUCAACCGCGGUGUCAACGCCGUCGCUGUGCGCCAGGUCACCAACUGGGGUUCGCGCUUUGGUCUGUCCCGUGUUGCUGAGACCGGUAUCCGAAGGGUUACUGGUAAGGAGGGCGGCGAGAAGCUGAGCGUUAUCGAGAAGAUCACCGCUUCUGCCCUUGGUGGUGGUUUGAGCGCGUGGAACCAGCCCAUCGAGGUUAUUCGCGUUGAGCUCCAGUCCAAGACUGUCGACCCCAACCGCCCAAAGAACCUGAAUGUUGCAUCGGCAGCGAAGUACAUCUACUCCAACAACGGUAUCAAGGGCCUUUACCGCGGCGUCACCCCCAGGAUCGGUCUCGGUAUCUGGCAGACAGUCUGCAUGGUUGCUCUUGGCGAUGUGGCGAAGGAGGCUGUCGAGAAGCUCACCGGCGACAAGGUUACUGCGAAGCACUAG